AUGUCUGUCGUCAAGUUUACAGCUCCCAAAACGUUUCAGACAACGCACGUCAUCGAGAAUGUUGGGCAGCUGUCGGGUGAAAGCACGGCGUUGCUCUUACAACACUACGAGCGACGAGACGGGGAACGGCGCAGAAAUUCCACGGCAAACAUGAGCCAAGCAUUGAAUAAGAAAGCGCGGACUUCUACUGAAAGAGCUGACUUCAACUUCGCCAAAUUCGUCCAAAUCCCUUCGAUGUGCUGUCUACUGACAAUGACAGCGAGGAUGACCAAUAAAGGGUAA